UUUGCAAAAGUUUCAUUUGUGAAAAGUUAGCAAUCACGACUCAACAUAAGGCAUAAACCCUUGUACAUAAAAUGAAUUAAUAUCACACAUGAUUAAUAAUAGGGUUUAGUACUGCUUUCAAAUGGCCAUUCAUGUGAGCUAGUUUUCUAAUUUGAUAAGUUCGACGAGAAGGAAGAUGUUGUCAGCGGCCAACGAAGAUUUCAGGGUUAAGUUUCCGCUGCAUUUCUCGGUCUGGGGAAAUGAUUACAGGAUAUUGGAGAGCCAGUUAUUUCAGCAUGAUAUCGAGGCAGUGGACCCCCGAGGGAGAACGCCGCUCCACCUGGCCGUGUCGUUAGGCCACCUGGAGUCGGUGAGAGUGCUUCUUCGACAUGGUGCUGAAGUUACCAAAGAGAACGCCAAUAACUGGACAGUGCUACAGGAAGCAGUCAGUACUGGAGACCCAGAGAUGGUUCAGCUGGUGCUGCAGCGUCGAGACUACCUCAAAGCCUCCACCGCCUUGGGAGGAGUUCCAGAGUUGCUGAGCAAGAUCCGCGAGUCUCCAGAUUUCUACAUGGAAAUGAAAUGGGAGUUCACAAGUUGGAUCCCUCUCGUGUCACGGGUGUGUCCCAGCGACGUGUGUCGCAUCUGGAAGAGCGGAGCCAGCCUGCGUGUGGAUGCCACCCUGCUGGGCUUCGAGAACAUGACCUGGAUCAGAGGCCGUCGCAGCUACAUCUUCAGAGGAGACGACACGUGUACAGAGUUGAUGGAGGUGAACCAUGACGAUGAGGUGGUAGACACAGAGCGCUUCGACAUCUCACGGGAGAUGGAGGAUGUGACCAUGGACUCCAUGCAGCCCGCCGAACAGGAAGUGGCCAAAAGACUGACCACUCCAGUUGUUAACACCUUCCUGGACACUAAGCUUAUUGCAUUUGAGAGGAAUAAGUCAGGGAUUUGGGGUUGGAGAACUGACAAAACUGAGGUUGUCAAUGGAUUCGAAGCUAAGGUCUUCGCUGUGAAUAACGUCAACGUGGUGAUCAGGACCAGGACUGAACACCUCACAGAUGAGGAGAAAGCGAGGAUCAAAAGUGAGAGGAAUGUUCUGGAAUCUCUGCUGGGGACUGUAGAACAGCAGAUCAACGCGCAAGGGGACCUCACCCUGGAGUUCGCGACGGCCACCAACCCCACUGCCAUCACUCCCGAGGAGUACUUUGACCCGGACUUCGACCUGGAGGACCGAGACAUCGGGCGUCCGAUAGAACUCACCAUCCGAACUCAGAAGUUCAAGGGUACGUUGUGGAUGAGCGAGGAUCAUCCCCUGUCGCUGGUAGAGCAGGUUACCCCCAUCAUCGACCUCAUGGCUCGGACCAGCACUCACUUUGCACGCCUGAGAGACUUCGUCACCCUCAAGUUCCCUCCUGGGUUCCCCGUGAAAAUAGAGAUCCCCUUGUUCCACGUGCUUAACGCCCGGAUCACCUUCGGUAGCGUCAACAAGUGCAGCACAGCAGAGACGGUAGAGACUCCGCCCUCAGCGACCACGCCCUCUCCCUCGGAGGACGGCGAGGCUGCCGCCCCUUCCCCCCCCGCAGCCCCUCCCCCGUUCCAAGUGUGCCCGUCGGUGUUCGUGGUCCCGCCUAACUACCGUCUCCGAGGCGGGAGCCGGCACGCUCCGGUAUCCAACAACGACGAGGAGCUGCUUCAGUACGCUAUCCACCAGAGCCUGCUGGACACCAGCGGGAGCCCAGCCCAGGAGCUGAACUGGAACAACGCCAACGGCGACUUUGCUGAUCUCCUGCCAAGCAGCUCGAGCGACAGGAGCAUCCCAGAGGGGGCGCUAGUGGACCUGGGAGACGGGAGUCCGUCCGGGUCCAGCUCAUCCUCCAGCCGUGACGCGGAGCUGCGUCUGGCCAUGGAGCUGUCGGCCCGCGCCCAGAUGGAGGAGCAGAAGAGGAGGGAGGAGGAGGAGGAGGAGCUGGAGAGGAUACUGCAGCUGUCUCUAACAGAGAAGUAGCAGGCUGAACCAGGUGACACGUUUUCAACGAGGGACGACGACACUGUGCCAUAACUGCGUUGGCACUUCCUGUCAGAGAUACAGCCACUUGACCCCAGCCUACCUUUCCUGUCAGAGAUACAGCCACUUGACCCCAGCCUACCUUUCCUGUCAGAGAUACAGCCACUUAACCCCAGCCUACCUUUCCAACCUUCCACCACAACCCACUAUGCAACCUCUUGUAAUUUAUGUAACGUGUCGUGAAUUCUGCCAAUUCAGGUGAUCUGUUUUCAGUGGUAUGACAGUAAUAUACCAAUUUUUGGUAUGAAAAACGAUGCUCCUUUGUAUAGCUCUAUCUCUGCAUAGUACUUAGUCACUCCGAAGUCAUCUGUGUCGUCUGAGAUUAUUUUGGAAGGUUCUUCUAGGUUGCAACCUGUGAUGCACCUGUAUUAGUUGUUUAUUGUCAAAAGCCGAAGUUGAAUCUUUCGAAGGUGUGAGGUGAAGAUCCACAGUUCUGCUAAUGACCACAGUCCUGUACUCCCACUAAACCUCACAGAAGGUUGUAGUCUGACUAAAAGAUAGAAUAUCUCAGGGUUCCAUCAUUCUACAGUCCCUAAUUGCUUCGAAACAUUUUGUGAAAGUAUAUUCCUUUAAAUCUAGUCAUGGAAAUGGUCAUUCCUUAUACAAAAACCAGACCAAGUCAUAACUGUAUGACUUGCUGCUCUGUAUUACUGUUUUCCUCCCUGCCCCUGAAUAACGCCAGGCCGUUUGGUCGAAAGCGGAAUCUUCUGGAAACGUUCCCAGACACAUUCCGCUUGCGCCGUGGUAUCGAAGUAGACCUCCCGAUACGAACUUGUGAUCCUAGUCAGACGUAGACCAACUGCACCAUAAUUUGUCUCUGACGUGCGGCGUGUUCCUGUGCGUCCAAUCAGGAGCAUGUUCCUGCUGUCCUCGACUGUGGGCAGGUUUCAACUCUGUUCGUCGUCCUUUAAAAGUAGCAGCAUCGACCAUGACCACCUCAACUCUAACAAGCAAUAGCAUCUGCCACUGUGCCUGUCGGGGAUCUCACCUUUUGCAGUUCAGUGGUGUUCAGCCACUAUCCAUUGCAACAUGGACGUUUCAUAACCGGGGCAAUGUCUCUGGUUACCAGUUUCCACAAACAGCAGGGUUUAAAAGGAAACGUAGCAUGGUUCUGUACCUAGUUGUGACUAUGGUGGACUUUUGUGACCUGAUGUAAAUGCAACUUGAGCUUUCAGAGAUCCUCAGUGGAUUCUAGCUGAGUGUGUCAUCAGGUGCGCGGCUCAGCCAGUCUGCUUUCUCUGAUGGGGCUGACUGGGGUGUCGUGUUUGUGUCAGGUUGGUCCCACGCCACCAAGACCAAACUAAUCAAACUCAGAGAAGCAACUUUGAUAUGCCUUACAUCCUUCCAGAAGAGAUUAAGGGGUUUCAAAUAUACAUUACUGAUUUUGGGGAACACACAAUUAAUCCACUGAGGUAUUUACAAUGAUAACCAAUUGUUAAAAAAAUUAAAACUUAAUUAAUUUCUUUAUCUGGUUUUGUGGGGGCUUGAGUUUUUAACUGCUUAUGAUCAAAUUGCCAAACUGUUGAACAGUCUACUGUAACUAUGGUCACUAUGGGUACAUUUGGGGAAGUAUUUGUACUGCUUCCUUUGCUAGCAGAAAAGGGUAUUUUUUAACAUGCUAAAUAAUUCAAGAAACAUCUGUCAAUUGUGAUGUUGGUCUCUACAUCUUUCUUAAAUAAAAGCACUUUAUUUCAAAA